GUGUGGAAGGAGCUCGACUAUGGCUCCAUGACAGAGGUGGAGAAGCAGAUGCUCGUCUCGGAGGUGAACCUGCUUCGUGAGCUGAGGCACCCCAACAUCGUCCGCUACUACGACCGCAUCAUCGACAGGAGCAAAACGCGGCUGUACAUCGUGAUGGAGUACUGCGACGGAGGCGACCUGUCCAGCCUCAUUGCCCGCUGCACCAAGGAAAGACAUUACUUGGAAGAAAACUUUGUCCUCCGGGUAUUGGCUCAGUUGACAUUGGCCCUGAAGGAGUGUCACCGGCGGAGCGACGGUGCAGUCACCGUGCACCGUGACCUAAAGCCAGCAAAUGUCUUCCUGGACAGCAAGCAGAAUGUGAAGCUCGGAGACUUUGGUCUGGCUAGAAUAUUGCAUCAUGACACCAGCUUUGCCAAAACAUUUGUUGGAACCCCCUACUAUAUGUCUCCGGAACAAAUGAACCGCAUGUCAUACAAUGAAAAAUCUGACAUCUGGUCUCUAGGGUGUCUUCUGUAUGAGUUAUGUGCACUCUCACCUCCAUUUAGAGCUUACAACCAAAAGGAGUUGGCAGAAAAGAUAAGGGAAGGGAAAUUCAGACGAAUACCAUAUCGCUACUCAGAACAGUUGAAUGAGCUUCUCAAAGAGAUGCUGAACCUAAAGGAUUAUUGCCGUCCCUCUGUGGAAGACAUUCUGCAGCACCCCUUGAUAGCAGACCUGGUGGCAGAAGAACAAAAAAAGAAUCCUGAUAAGAGGGGUCAACGGGCAGGGGAACCAGAGAGGCCGCAGCACUUGGGAACUCCAGUGAACGAGCUGAAGCUGAAGGAGCAGCAGUUGCAGGAGAGGGAACAAGCCAUUAAAGAGCGGGAGCAGCGUUUGGAGCAGAGAGAACGGGAACUCUGUGUUCGAGAGAGGCUGGCAGAGGACAAACUCGCUAGAGCUGAAAACUUGAUGAGGAACUACAACCUCUACAGAGAGCAGCGGACUCUAGCACAUGGUGAUGGCACAGAUAAUGUGGUCCUGCUCCCCUUUUCUACAAACAAGAAAAAAGUCCAUUUUGGUGGAGGCGAAGAGAAUGCUGUGGGUCCUAUUAAUCUGGAAAACCAUCCUCUUUCAAAAGGAAAAGGCCGUGAUCUCAAAAAACGCCUCUAUGCUGCAAACCUGCGUGCUCAAGCCCUGUGCGAACUGGAAAAAAACUAUCAGCUGAAGAGCAGACAAAUUCUAGGCAUGCGCUGAAGCUGUGACAUAGAUGUACAGUAUUUAACUUUAUAGAGUUGAUUAAAUGAACAGGAACAUAUUUGUGCCUCCCUUUU